GUCAUUUUUAUCAAUUUUGUGAUAAGUCAGCAUUUGACGAAAAUACGAAUUCGAGCUAUCGUCUGUUUUUUCUCUCGAAUUCUCAUAACACAUGGUUAUUUCUUGACAAAAUGAGAGUAGACACUGAAAGUGAAGGUGUAUUAAGGAAAUUUUAAUAUAUCGCUUAAUAUUGUUAUUGUUCAUCAAGCUUCGAAUUUUCUUUACGAUGUCGGAACCAAAUAAUCCUUUUGCGGGGCUAAUAGGUGCACCUGAAGGAUCUUCUGCAAUUGAAUCACCUCGAGCUGAUGAUAAUGCUGCAUUUCAAACUUCUGUCAAAGCGCCUCCUGGAGACGAAGAAAUUGAAACUGUUAACAAUAUAGUAGAAAAUGUUUUUCAUUUUACCAUAAAUCCAAAAGCUGGCGAAGGUUUUCCAGUUGGAGACAGACAAUUAGUCUUCUUAGAAGAAUUGGCAGAAGCUACUAAGCCAAAAGUGCAUUUAGAUUUAGAAGCCUUAGAACAGGCACUCUUUGAAAGAUUACUUCUAACAGACAUUGAGACUUGUGUUAUACCUAAAACAUGUAGAUCUUACAAAGAGCAUGUUGUGCAGAAGCAGGUGUUUCCGUACUUGUUUAGUUCAAUUCAGAAUUUACAAACCUAUGAACAGGUUUCAAACCAGGUUGUGAAGAAUGCUGUUCAAAGAAUGAAGGAACUAAUAUUCAGGAAUGCAGUCACAGCCCUCAAGCAACCUGCUUUGUUUGAAGGACAAGACUUUUCUAUGCAACUUGUGGAAUUACUGCAACAUGUUGACCCACAAUGUCAUACAUUCUUCAUAGAUAUUGUAAAAGCAUUUAUGUCUGAUGGUGACCCAAAUUCACAAGAACAGUUGCGAGACACAAUGCUGCCUGUAUUAAAACGAAUUCACAUAGAUGUUAACAAAGCUAAUUUAAUCAACCUGCCGAUUUAUGUACUGCCCUCAAUACAGCUGUUUGCUGCCAAUCAAAACUUAGCCCCUAUACUUUUGGAAGCCUGUGAGCCCAAGAAUGAGACAAAUGGCCGGUUCUAUCAGGAUUCUGUGAUUGGGGCGCUACUCAGCCUCUCAGUUCUCCCAAGGAAUGCUUCACUGCCACAUGACUUCUUUGAUAAUCCUAUGGACCAGACUGCCACUUCAAUGAUAGAAACAUCUGUAUGGAAUGCCUCAUCCCACCUCACUAAUUAUUUGCAUAGAAUAUUUUUGACCAUCCUGAAAGGAGGUCCCCAUAUGAGGAACCGCCUGUUAUCCUGGAUGGGUAAAUGUUUGAAGUCUAAUGUUGGAAGAGGAAAACUUUGGAAUGUUCAGCACGGUGAAGUUAGUGCUGCUACCUUAAGCACAGUCUCAGAUGGCUUCAUGUUAAACUUGGGUGCAGUACUUUUACAACUCUGCCAACCAUUCUGUACAACAGCAGAUGAUCCAAAAUCACUGAAGAUCGAUCCUACCUAUGGUGCAGUACUUCCUCAAGAAUGUGCAGAGAAAUCUGUACAUUUGGACUGUCUCCAUAGUGAAACCUGCUUACUGCCGUCAAGAGUUACUGAAGAUGACCAGCCCGUGAAGAGGCCCACCGCUGAAACAUACAACUUUGUUACGGAGUGCUUCUUUAUGACCCAAAAAUGUAUUGAUUUAGGCGUCCGCGUGUGCGCCGAGAAGCUGUGGCGCUGCGGGCAGGAGCUGGGGCAGGCGCAGCGCGCGCUGGCCGACGUGGCGGCCGGCGCGCACCAUCUGCUCGAGCCCAUGCGCCAGCGGGCACACCAUCUCAUGGCCAAGUUCGUGAGUCUCCGCUGCGCGCUGCUGGAGAAGGAGAUGCUGACGAACCUGAACCGCCUGCAGGCCAUGACGUGCACGUGGCUGGUGCAGGUGGCGGUGCGGCCGCAGCCCGACGCGCCGCUGCCCAGCUACGCGCCGCUCAGCCUGCUGCCGCUGCACAUGCCCGUCACCACGCCGCCGCCGGACACGCUUAGAUGUGUCCCGGAGUUCGUGCUGGAGAACGUGGUGGUACUGAUAACGAUGGCGCGUCGCACGGUGGGCGCCAUCACGGACGACGCCGACAUCGCCAGCGUGCUGCGGCCCGCGCUCACGCUCGUGCUCACCUUCAUGGGCGACUCCAGCAGGACUUAUAACCCGCAUUUAAGGGCGCGACUAGCCGAGUGCCUGGAAGCGAUGUUACCUAACCAUCCUGAUGAUCAGCAGCCGUUGAGCAGCUUAGCCUCGUUCUACCGCGAACAGCUGUUCAAAGAACAUCCACACAGGCAGCAGCUCGUACCUUGCCUAUUGGACGUGUUUGUGGGCAUUGAGAUGACUGGCCAGAGCGUGCAGUUUGAACAAAAAUUCAACUACCGCCGCCCUAUGUACCUCGUGAUGGAUUUCCUAUGGGGAAUGCAGGAACACAGGGAUGCAUUUACACGAUUAGCUAAAGAAGCCGAGUCCAACAUGGAGGCCGUCCACCCGCCGAUAUUCUUACGUUUUGUGAACCUUCUGAUGAACGACGCUAUAUUUUUACUAGACGAGGCCUUAGGAAACAUGGCUCAAAUACGCACCAUGCAGACAGCGCAGGAGUCCGGCACGUGGGCCAGCCUGCCGUCGCAGGAGCGCGCGCAGAACCUGGCCAACCUGUCGCACAUCGGCAUGCUGGCGCGCUUCGACAACAUCCUGGGCCGCGACACCAUCCGCACGCUCGUGCGACUCACCGCGCACGCGCCCUACGUCUUCUGCCACCCCACGCUCGUCGAACGUAUUGCGUCCAUGCUGAAUUACUUCUUGUUGCAUCUUGUUGGGCCUAAUAAGAAGAAUUUCAAGGUAAAAGACAUGAAGGAAUACGAGUUCGAGCCCGCGAGCACAGUGCUGGACAUCUGCCGCAUGUACGUGGAGCUGGGGAACAACGAGCGGUUCUGCGCCGCCGUGUCCGACGACGGCCGCUCCUACUCGCCGCAGCUGUUCACAUUGGCUGAAGCUGUGCUUGUUCGCAUCGGAGGCGGCGGACUUAUAGGUUCUCUACAAGAAGUGGCUACACGCGUCGAAACAUUUGCCGUUCAGCGGCAGCGAGACGAGGAGAUUCUAGCGAACGCGCCGGAAGAGUUCCUGGACCCUAUCAUGAGCACUCUGAUGAUGGAUCCUGUUAUAUUGCCCAGCUCCCGCACUACUGUCGACAGGACAACUAUCGCAAGACACCUUUUAAGUGAUCAAUCGGAUCCGUUUAAUCGUUCGCCGCUGUCCAUGGAUCAAGUGAAGUCGAACACUGAACUCAAAGCGAAGAUCAUUGCUUGGAUUGCUGAACAGAAGCAAAAUAUUGCUCAAAACCCGACCACUAGCACAUAGAAGACAUUUGAAUAAGUUUUGUAAAUUACUAGGCAAGCUAGUAUUACGUAGGUUAUUUUAGCGAGUAGAUUUCGUAUUGAAGGCAAUACUAUACAUAUAUAUAAGGCCGCUUGUGAAGUUAUGGGAUGUUGUGACUUGUGUCAAAGUGAUAAACAGUGUUAUUUGUAUAUUAAUUUCAGUUGUUAUUUUUUAAUUGUAAAUUUUAUUUAGUUCCAAUUUAUUUACAUAUCAGUGGCAGUUAUGUAUUUCUCUGUUUUAUUACCUAUUUAUUUUUGUUUUUUACAAUUUACGUUCAACGUUCGAUGCUACUUCGAGUUUAAAUUGGGUGCAUUUUUUUCUGGUAGGUACUAUACAGUGAAAGUUCGUACCCACCUUUAUAUUGUGAUAAAUUACUAUUUUCAGUCUAUGAUUUAGCAUAAUAAAAAUAAUUAGAUGUAA